AUGCCGCGGCAUCCAAAUGCGCGCCGUCCCUUUUGCGACGAGGCCGAACUGCAACUUCUCGCCGGCGCACUCAAUGCAAGCAUCUUUGACGGCCGGCUGCCGAUACAUGCCAUAAAGGUCCGAUGGGAGGAUCGCCUGCGCACGCGACCCGGCAGGGUCAAGCUGUGCAGCGCCAAGGGUCGGUAUGCCGUCGAGCUCAACCCGCGCCUCGUCGACGACGGUCGCAAGGUGAUUGUCGUGCUGGUGCACCAACUGUGCCACGCCGCGGUCCUUCUUAUCGACGACCAGCCGUCGGGCACGCGCAGCUUGCGCUAUGCGUUUUGGGUCACCAUCGCGCAGCAGAAACGGCCCGACCUGGUCAUCGGCGGCGACCCCCAGUGCCAUGCCGUGUAUGAUUACCACUAUGCUUGCCUUAGCGUCACCGAGAUGCACCAAAAGCCGUGUCACAUUGCCUACGGCUCUCGAAGCAGGCUCGACGAAGCUGCGAUUGCGCGUUACCGCUGCCGGCUAUGUGCCCUGCCUCUUGUUGCCAUUGGAUCGCUCGACGCUCUGCCGCACGACCGCGAGAUUGUCUACAUACAGCUGGCGCGCAAAACGCGCACCAGGCCGCCAUCUUUGGGCGCCAUGCGGCUGCAGAUUGCCGCUGAAGCUGUGGGUGCUGCGUUGCAAGUGGGCAUGGCUUCGGUGGAUGCGCUAUGGCCGGCCAUUUUGCCGGGUGUUGCCUCCACGUGGCAUGCCAUGGCCGAUGCCGUGUAUCAAGAGCUGCAUAUCCGGCCCAAAGACACGAUGAGCUGGGAUGCCAUGCGCGACGUGCUUGGCAAAGCGCGUGAGCAAAAGACCUGUGCCUUGUCAGCGCGCCUCUUGCCCGGAACUACGAGUGAGGACAAUGCCAUCUCGCUCACGGCCGCCUACUACUACCUCUAUGCCAAAGCCGCCGUUGCCGUCAACGUGACGAAACACGGCGUGGUCUACGUUGUUCCUCACACGCCCGAGUGCGACGAGUGUCCAACGUCCCAACUGGUCGACCUCGGACAAGAGGCGCUCCCAUUCCCCCUUACUCUCGGCCAAGACACCAUGUGCUACUCGCAGUCACUCUCGGUAUCGCUGGCGCUCGCCAGCUGGGUCGCCGUCGCAUGGCUUACACGCACCAAGAGGACCGACGGCCAACGGGCCGUGCCGCCCUACCUGGGGCCGAUCGCGUUCUACGCCAUCAUGGAGACGCAAACUUCUCGUACACGUCGCGCACCAACGAUGUGGCUGCCGCGCGUGCUGCGCAACGACGAGAUCAUGGUCGGACCGCAGGUGUGCACCCGGACCGGGCCGUCCCACCUCACCUGGACCCUACCCUACCAGAGCAAGAACGGGCUUGAAGCCAACCUCUUCCCCUACCUGCUCCUGUGGUUCUACCCGGCGCUCUACGAGCCACAAGGCGCGGUGCGCUGCGCGUGCUGGAUCGCGCAGGUGCUGGUGGUGGUGUUCACGGCCGGCUCCAUCCACGAGCUACCCACCACCUGGUGCGCACUCUCGGUCGUGGAGGCGCAGUUUGGCGCCGAGGAUUGCUCUUUGGCGGGCGACCACGAGGCCUGA